AUGGAGCUAAACGUUUCUUCAUUCUACGAUGGUGAAGACACGAACCAAACGACGAAGAAUCAACUAAAUAGUACUGCGCUAGAUAAUGAAAACUCUGAUGAUUGUAGCAACCAGCAAAAAGGUAAAUGGAAGCUUUCACCUAUUGUAGCUGAAGAAUCAAGACGCCCAAUUUUCAAAAAGCAAGGAAAAACGCCAACAACAAUUACCUUCAAGACACCCCUGAAAACUCAAGAUUUAAAUAAGCAAGAAGAUGCUGGUUAUGAUUCGAAAUGCACUACAGAGGGAGAAAAUAAUGAUACGUCUUGUUCGACACCUUCUAGAAACAACGUCAAUUCUUCAAUGUCUUUAGCAACUGAUCUCUCUUCGUUAAUUGCGAGCAAUAGUUUGAAUCCGUUCGAUUCAAUCAUUAUCAAUUCACUUCAUAAGUGUGUCAAUUUUAGUCCACGGGUCGUUUUUUCACAAGAAGGUUCAAGUUCGUCGGAAAAUCAACAAGAUGAAAAAUUCCAAUGGAGUGUCGAGCAGCUCGCUGUCCUCAAGCCGGCGCAUAUUACUGAAGACGAAAUUGCUGCGAGCUACCAUUCGCCAGUGCCGGAGCUUGAAGAAAAAGUUCAGGAAGUUCUCAAUGUCUAUUGGUCUCAAAACGUCAGCUAUAUUCCGUCUCCAGAUGGACCUAGAUAUGUACACCUACCGCAUCGAAAUGGAAAUACCACCACGAUAGUUUAUGGUCCGGAGGGUACUGUAUCAGCAAUUAGGCCCCAACAGAAGCAAGAAUUGACUCCAUCGCUAAGUAAUAUUGUUAGAAAACGAGAAGCAGCGAAAGCAGCUUAUGCAACAUCCUCGCCAAAGCAAAGACCAAUUAAAAGAAAUAUUAAAACAAUGCGAACGUGCAACUCUCAAACCGAGAUCACAAUUCCGCCGAAUGCUGACAUUGAUUUGAAGAAAAUUUUAGGCGAUGAAUUUAUUCAUCAAGCUUCUGACGAUGCGGAUGCUGAAGAAAUUUUUGAUGUUUCGAUGUCGUCAAAUUUUUCAAUGAGAAGAAGACUUUUCUCGUCUAGCAAUGAUGAUAACGAGGAAGCGGAUGCUUCGAUGAAUUCUUGUGACGAUUCUCAACGAUUCAACGACUCACUUUCGCCGGUUCCGAGCAACAAUGAUGAAAGUAUUGUGCCUGAUGAGCAGAAAAGCUCGCAAAUUGCUAUUAAUAUCUCUAUUUUGAACGAUUGUAUGAUGCAAUCGAUGGAGCAGUGCGAAAAUUCUGAAGACAACGCCGAAGACAACAAAGAAAACGACGAGAAUCGAACAUUUCAUAACGAUAGGCAUAUUAGUUAUAAUGAAUAUGAAAUGCUUGACAAAUCGAGCUCAUCGGAAGUAACGCCGCGUCACGAAGAUCUUGAUUGGACGCCGAGGCGAGUCGAAGUGAAGCAGUCAAGAUUCCGCGAUUUCAUGCUCGAACUUUCGCCGAUAGUGCCAAAAAUUGGGCAAAACAGUCCAUAA